CUAAAAUGUUCGGUUCCUCGAGAUCUGGAGGUGUACGGGGAGGUCAGGACCAGUUCAACUGGAAUGAAGUGAAAGUCGACAAACACAGAGAAAACUAUCUCGGUAACUCGUUGAUGGCACCAGUGGGGCGAUGGCAAAAAGGCAAAGAUCUGACAUGGUAUGCAAAGGACAAAAAAGGUGGUGCACCUUUGUCCAGGGAGGAGGAACUUGCUACUGUCAAGGCAGCAGAGGAAGAAGCGUUGAUGGCUGCACUAGGGCACAAGAAUAUAAAGAGACAACCGACUGGUCUAACCAAAGAGGACCUUGUAGAGGUUUGCAGGAGGGACGAGGCUGAUGGUGAUGAGAGAAAUGUUGACCGUGUUUCUGGUUUAGGAAGCUCCAGUGCAGGGUCACGGAGAAUGGUCCUGUCCCAAAAAGAAAAGGAGGUUGCUAAAAUGGGCUUGCCGGUUUUUACACACGUCAGGACUGAAGGUCAUACAGAAGCUUCAGCAACAAAAACAAAUGAGAGUGCAGUAAAACAGGAGGAGGAACAGAGGCAUGACAGUAAUAAGAAAAAGAAAGAAAAAAAGAACAAAAAGGAGAAAAAGAAAAAGGAAAAAAAGAAAAAACGAAAAAGGAGAGACUCAUCCUCCUCCGAUUCUGAAGACAACAGGAAGAGGCACAGAAAGGACCACCAUCAUCAUAAUCCAUCAUACGUUAGUCAGAGCGGAGCCAGACCCCAUGACAGCCACUCAAGGGGGGGAGCAAAGGCCGAGCGACAGCGCUCCGACCCCCAUCAUCGAAGGCAGCGGCACGACACAGACUCCUCUGAUGGAGGAUCUCCUGUCCCUCGCAACCCUGCCAGCCACAAGAAGGCCCCUGCUGGUGCCACACAAAGCCACAGGCGGCGCCAUGACACAGACUCGGACGAGUAAUGUGCCCACCCCCACCCCCGAUUCAAA